AUGACACAAAUUGGAAGUAGGAUAAGUGAAAGUGGAGCUUCAAAUGAGAGCACACCUAACACCUCAUCUCCCAAUGAGGUUGAAGUUGAUGUCGAUACUUCAAAGAAAAGGAAACUCAUGGAACCUAGAGCUACUUGUUGGAAGCAUUUUGACAAGUUCACCGAUGAAAGUGGAGCUAAGAAAGCCAAAUGCAAGUAUUGUGCGAAACCUUAUGCAGCUUCUACAUCAAGUAACGGUACGUCGUCAAUGAAUACUCAUAUGAGAACAUGUCCUAAAUUUCCUCGUGACACCGUAGAUAAAGGUCAAAAUCUAAUUAAUUUUCUACCAUCUUCAAUGGGAGCAAAGGAAGGAGUGAUUAGCACUUGGAAAUUUGACCAAGCACAAAGUAGGAGAGCUUUAGCCAAAAUGAUAAUUGUUGACGAGCUACCGUUUAGUUUUGUUGAGAAAGAGGGCUUAAAAACUUCAUGA